CCUUCCUAACUGCGGGCCAGUACUGAAAAAUGAGCCAGAACCCACUCUGUUAAAAUUAAAAAAUGGAAAAAAGUUCGUUUUGACAGCAUUUUUCCUCUCCUGAAGACAGCGCUCACACUUGCUAUUAAAGAAAAUCAUGAUAGAAUAUGCAGAGUUGGAAGGGACCUACAAAGACCAUGUAGUCCAACUUUUGGCCCCGCACAGGACACUAAGAAUCCCACCACAUGUCUGUGAGAGUGCUGUCCAAAUGCUUCUGGAACUCUGCUAGGCUUUGGUACUGUGAUCAUUUCCCUUGGGAGCCUGUUCCACUGCUCUAACACCUUCUGGGGGAAAAGCCUUAUUCUGAUAUCCAACCUCAACCUCCCCCAACUCAGUUUCAUAUCGUUGCCUCGGGUCCUGUCACCGCCGACAGAGGGAAGAAAUCGGUGUCUGAAGCUCCACGUCUCCUCUUGAGGCAGCUGUAGAAUGCAAUGAGGAAGGUUUUCUCCUUGGAGAUGUGAAAGGUGAAGCCAAGAACAGCAUCACAGACUCACAAAUGGAUGAUGUUGAAGUUGUUUAUACAAUCGACAUACAGAAGCAUAUUCCAUGCUACCAGUUGUUCAGCUUUUAUAAUUCUGCAGGAGAACUGAAUGAACUUGCCCUGAAGAAAAUAUUAUCAGGCUGUAAGAAGAGUGUAAUAGGAUGGUACAAAUUCAGACGUAACACAGACCAGACCAUGACAUUCCGGGAAAGAGUUCUUCAUAAAAACCUGCAGUCACACCUAUCAAACCAGGGGCUUGUAUUCCUCCUUUUAACCUCUAGUGUGAUGACAGAAAGUUGUUCUACGUACAGACUGGAACAUGCUCUGCAUCGGCCUCAGGAAGGACUUUUCCAGAAAGUUCCUUUGGUGGUCACCAACCUGGGCAUGGCAGAACAGCAAGGUUACAGAACAGUGUCCGGUUCCUGUGUAUCCUCUGGUUUUGUGAGAGCCAUGAGACAACACAGGUCAGAAUUUUUCCAUGAAGAUGGGUCCCUACAGGAGGUUCAUAAGAUAAAUGAGAUGUACGCCACCUUGCAGGAGGAACUGAAGAAAAUAUGCAUUACAGUAGAAGUCAGUGAACGAUCUGUAGAGAAACUCUUAGCAGAGGUGAGCCAAUUAAAAGAAGAAAUAAAGAGGAAAAAGCAACAAAAUUGUUCAGGAGAAGACAAAAACCACCCAGUGGAGCCAAAGGAGAAUGUUCUCCUUUGCCAGGCACUACAAACAUUUUUCCCCAAUUCCAGACUUCAGACAUGCAUUGUUUCUUUCAAAGGCCAACAGAUAUCCAAGAACUGCUGUAACACAGACCAUCACAUUAAUGUCAUGGACAAACUGACUCUCAUGGUAGAGGAAAGAGACUUCACUGAAGCUGAAACAAGGCACCUAAACAAGCGUAAGGGCAGGGAGACCACAUCAGUUUCAAAGUCAUUCAAGAAGUCCAGAUCAUUGCAACUUCACCAAGAACCACUUCAAGACCAAGAGGACAGUGACCAGGAAAGGAAGCUUACACUGAGUAGCACUGAAACAGACGAGGAUGUGUUUGAAAAAAACAGAGAUGCAAAGGAAUACCCACACUCUCCUACUUUCUGAUCUGUCAGAUGACUUCAUGCCAAAAGCUACUGCUGGUGUACUCCAGUGAUGCAUCAAUCUCUAGCACUGCAAGGAUGGAUGUAACAGGGCAUUUUUGCAGUUUUUUUUUGUUGUUGUUUUUUUUUUUUUUUCCCAGUGCACGAAUUCUGUUCAGCAUAAAGAUAAAUCCAAGAUGAUAUUCCAGAGUUCUGUGUGUCUUCUCUCUCUCAGGGUUCAAAGCCUAUGCUACAGGAUGCUAUCAGUGAGAUAAGCAUGUCAUAUGCUGCCUCAAAGUGAUACAGCUUCAAGCUGCUGGUGAAGAAACAGUGCUACCUACCCUCCUGAUGCAGGGAGCAUCAAAUGAAUACAUUACAAUAUCAGCUGUCUACAUGAACUGCCACCAUUUAAAUACAUUAUCCUCAGGAAACUAGUGCUUGUUUACUUCUCCACAUCUUACAACCCAGCAAGGGGAAAAACAGCCACCUGAGCUUCAGCAAGACUGGUGAGCAGAGGAAGGGGUCCACAGAGCUGCCAGUUUCUAUUAUUGCUUUAAUC